CCCCGUCCUCCCCACACCGUCCCUGCUCUCUCAACACAAUGUCUUUCACCCAGCGCAUCUCAAACUUGGUCGCACCCGCCAGCGGGAAAGCCGCCGUUCUCGCACAAAACGAUAACGAUGUUGUCAUCGUGUCUGCCGUUCGCUCUGCACUGACCAAGGGUAAGAAGGGCGGCUUCAAAGACACAAGGCCCGAGGAGAUUCUCUCUGGCAUCCUCCGCGCCGUUUACAGCAAGGUCAACCUCGACCCCGCCCUUAUCGAAGACGUCACUGUCGGCAACGUCUUGCCUCCUGGCGGCGGUGCCAAUGCUGCACGCAUGGCUGGCUUCCACGCCGGCAUCCCAGUCACCACACCCAUCUCGACCGUCAACAGGCAGUGCUCGUCGGGCUUGACCGCGGUCAACCAGAUUGCGGCUCAGAUCAUUAGCGGGCAGAUUGAUAUCGGCAUCGGUGCGGGCGUGGAAUCCAUGACGUUUGGUUAUGGUGCCGGCGUCAUGCCAGAUGGCUUCUCUGAGAGCGUCCUCUCGAACCAACAGGCCUCGGACUGUCUCAUUCCCAUGGGUAUCACCUCCGAAAACGUCGCUUCGGAUUACAACAUCUCCCGUGAGGUCCAGGACGACUUUGCUGCGAAAUCAUUCCAGAAGGCCGCGGCAGCUCAGAAAGCCGGGAAAUUUAAGGACGAGAUCGUGCCCCUCAAGGCCAAGUGGAUCGACCCGAAGAGCGGCGAAGAGAAAAUCAUCGUUGUCGACCACGAUGACGGCGUUCGGGAUGGCGUCACGAAGGAGAGUUUGGGCAAGCUAAAGCCGGCUUUCAAGGCCGAUGGUUCAACUCACGCCGGGUCCGCCUCGCAAGUCUCCGACGGUGCCGCGGCAGUCCUGCUCGCCCGACGCAGCGUGGCCAAGCGUCUCGGUCUGCCCAUCGUCGGCAAGUUCGUCGCUGCCGCCGUUGUGGGCGUGCCUCCCCGGAUCAUGGGCGUUGGCCCAGCCUACGCCAUCCCGAAGGUUCUCCAGAAGGCCGGGCUGACUAAGGAAGACGUGGACUUCUUUGAGAUCAACGAGGCAUUUGCCAGCCAGGCAGUGUACUCGGUCCAAACUAUCGGUAUUCCUUUCGAGAAGGUCAACGUGAACGGUGGUGCCAUCGCCAUCGGGCACCCGCUGGGUUGCACCGGUGCACGGCAGAUCGCGACAGGUCUCAAUAUCGCAAAGCAGACGGGUGGCAGGAUCUUCGUCACAAGUAUGUGUAUCGGCUCGGGGAUGGGGAUGGCGGGCGUGUUCGUCAGCGAACACUGAGCCUGUGCAGUCCCCAGUGGCUCGAUCUCUGGUUUUUCGCAUGCAGUUGUAUCAUAGCAGUGUCGCUACAUGUACACGCCUUGUUUAUUUUGGUUUGGUUUCAGGACGUUCAUAUAAUCGCUUGGGGCGCAUGACGGCGUUUACAUCUCUGCAAGCACGCAUGAGUAAGGUGGUACGCCAUUCGGUGUUAGCAGUGUCAUAUCUACGCUUUGAGAAG